GUAUCAUGGAUGACAGCUUUCCGAGGUGGUUUUCGUGGUUUGUGGAAUGUUUGGUUACCUAGAAGUGGUCGAGCUGUGUUCUCUUUAGAGCUCGUGCUGGAGCCUUCAGGUCUCCUGUAGAACUUUAUGAACCCCAAAAGAAGAGCGGCGGUCUGAUUCGAGAGGGCAGAAGAGCAUCCACAGAAACUACCCUGCGUUCACCUUAAAGUCACACCGGAGCAAGAAGGAGGACUGCGAGUCGCGCGCUGGAUCCGGUGGCGGUCAGCCCGGUUCACUUCCACCCCACCGAGACGGGCUUCCAGUCAGCCAGCGGCGGUUGCGUUCCAGCUGAAGCUACCCGCGUCCUCCCUCGCCAUACUGGGGAAAAAGAGGUGAAAUGUGUCCUCUCGCGAGCCACAGACCCUGUGUGAUGAUGUGAGGAUGGGACAGUGUGGUGUCGAAAGUGACCGCAGCCCUGGAGGCUGAUGAACCGGCUCUGUCGGCCAGUCAGAAUGCACAUAGCUCCGGUGGGUGUCAGCAAGUUCUGCUUCCUGUUUUCCCUCGCGUUCUGUGGCCUCCUGCUCCUGCUCAUCCCUGCCCUCCAGCCCCCGGCGCGCCAGGUGGACCUGCCCCAGCCCCGACCCCAAGUCAGACCUCCACGGGCGGGCCUGCAGCACCGUGUCAGAUUUCCAGGAGUGUCUGUCCGUGCAGGGGAAACAGACUCUGCCGCAGAGCUGAGUAGGAGCUCAGCGGUGUGGACUGAAGGUACCAGGGAUGAUGUCCGUAGUCCCAAUAGGGGUAUGGACUCUGAAGGAGGAGCUACACCUGGAGGAAAGGGUGGUAGACUUUCAGGGUAUAAGUCACGGGACCCGUUAGACUUUAAGGACAUUUUUAUUGCAGUGAAGACUACCAGGAAAUACCACAAGUCCAGACUGGAGCUGCUGAUUCAGACCUGGGUUUCCCGAGCUAAAGAGCAGACCUACAUAUUCACCGACGGCGAGGACAAGGAGCUGCAGACAAGAACGGGAGUGAACCUCAUCAACACUAACUGCUCAGCAGCUCACACCCGCCAGGCCCUGUGCUGCAAGAUGUCGGUGGAGUACGAUAAAUUCAUCGAGUCUCAGAAGAAGUGGUUCUGCCACGUGGAUGAUGAUAACUACGUCAUCCUGCCCAGCCUGCUGGGGCUGCUCUCCUCCUACCACCACAGCCAGGAUGUCUACCUGGGCCGGCCCAGUCUGGAUCAUGCUAUCGAGGCUGCAGAGAGGGUCAAGAGUGACGGAUCGGUGUCCGUCAAGUUCUGGUUUGCCACAGGUGGAGCAGGUUUCUGUAUCAGCAGAGGCCUGGCACUGAAAAUGAGCCCAUGGGCCAGUUUGGGGAAUUUCAUCAGCACGGCAGAGAAGAUCCGACUACCGGACGACUGCACCAUCGGCUACAUCAUCGAAGCGCUGCUGGAGGUGACCCUAACGCACACGCACCUCUUCCACUCCCACCUGGAGAACCUUCAGAAGCUGCCCACUGACACAGUGCUGGAGCAGGUCACUCUGAGCUUUGGAGGCUUUGAGAACAGAAGAAAUGUGGUCAGCAUUGUUGGAGGCUUUUCCCUGGCUGAGGACCCCACGAGGUUUAAGACGGUGCACUGCCUUCUCUACCCAGACACCAACUGGUGUCCAAAGCCUGAACACAGCCUGAACUGAAAGCCACUGUUUUAAACGGCAGCACAGAUACUUGCUCAUCAUUCAGCCCACUGCCUCACCCCGCCACGGCUGGAUCAAGCUACGUUUAGCUGGAAAAAUGCCACGUCACACACCUCAUGCUUUAUGAAUGCAAUCUAAAUCUAAAUAGCUGAAGCCAAAGAAUGAUUCUUUUCUGCCUAGAGCAUAGUGGUUGGUAAAGAAUGCGUCGGUAUACAGUUUGAGUGCUACAUUGUAACGUACAAGCUUCUUCUCUUCCUACUUUCCUGCCGUUGUCAUUGGUUUAAUGAAGGAACUAUUAUAUUCUAUGGCUCCAUGCACUGUGGUUUGACUUAACCUGUAGAGUAGCAAAAUGGGCCCGGUUCCAGUAUGUGAAGGACCCCACAGGAGUAUUGCCUUGAGUCCCCUACUCUGUUUGUGAGGGACCCAAAGUCAUAUUAUUUCUUUAGAAUGAGAUAUUGUUGAGCUACUUUUAAUUAAUUUUAUUUUUUUGAAGAGUCUGAUUAUUAUGUAUUGGGUUGAUCAGAAUUCUUUGGUCUCAAACAUGGAGUGGACGUUUCUAUUUCUGACUGUUCUGAUGCCUUUUUGUAUUCUCAGCCAAAAACCUUCCCCUUGUAUUAGCCCAUUUCUAACCGGACCAUCUUUAUGGUUUUGCACUACUUUGAUCUUGUCACUUCCUGUAUGUUGCCGUAGUUACAUGUUAGUGUUGGGGUAUGUAUGAGUGAACUGUAUUCUGUCUUUGCAUCGGUUGUAGUCUUGGCUCUGCGCGUGCGUCUUUAAGAAAGAGAUUAUUCUUUAUCGUUAUUAGUUAUUGGAGCCAAAGAAACCUCAACCACGUUGUUAUGAAACUUUGUGUGGACUUUCAUGGUCCCCAAAGAGGGAUGCCAAUAAUGGGAGUGACCUCGAGUUUCCUGUUGACCGUACAAUGAUUCUUCAACGGUUUGUUUCUGGCAGCUGGUGUUAGCAGCAUGGCUAACGUUAGCAGCCAGAAACAGUCCCUUCGGGCUACUCUCCUAAUAAUGAUCAUUAUGAAUAAACAACGAACGUGGCUGUUGUUAGCACUCGCAUCGGUCAAGCUAGCAGCGUGCGGAAGGCUCUGGUGACGAGCAAUGAUUCAUGAUGACCCUUCACAUGAUACGCGAUACAAUACAAAAGGCCAUUUUCUUAAAUAUCAAGACCUCUGUUCCUUCUUGGCUGACUUGUACUCCGAUAAGCUGGUUCUUUGGCUCCAUCGACUCCGUUAACAGCAGCCAGAGACGCUGCAGGGCUUUUACAGGCCGACCCUGAAGUUUACAUCUCACCGGUUCGCUCAACAAAAAGCAAAUGGCGAUUUUUAUUUUUGUACUAUUGCAGAAAAUAAGCUCUCUUAUAAUGCUUACCUGUUCUGCUCAGUAUGAUCUAUGUUUUACAAAUGAACAUGUUUAUGGUUUUCUCAUUUAGAUAAAACUACCUUUUGUAAGGGAGACGUCUUCAAUGUCCAAUCAAAACGUUAAUUGGGGCAUCAGAAACCCAAUUUAUAAGUAAUUGACCUCGAGACGAGGAAACCUGCAGGAAAUGCUGACUCAUUCGUGGGUUUUAGGACUCACUCCUGCGGCGCUCUAGUUCUGCCUGGAAAUGUUUUUUUUUGUGAAACACUUUGUUGCACAUGACUAUGAUCCAAAACCCAGAGCACGUAUUCCACUGCAGGUCAGUGGGUGAGACUGAGUGAGAGUGUUUUUGUGAACCCUUUAAACUCUGAUGUAUUUUUGUGUUUUUAAUAACAAUAAAACCUUUCUGCAUUGUCA